AGACAUACUUUUAUACUUAUCAAAGGUGGAUCUAUAUCUUAUUCAACUUAAUCUAAUCAGCUGAUAUAAUGAUUAUAAUAUUCAGCUGGUACUAAGCUAAGAGAAACACAUCAUGAGUGGAAGUGGAAGUGACUCUGAAAAAGAGAAAGAUGUCGAGACAUUGAUAGAAAUUUACAAGGAAGCAUGUAAGGCUGUAAAUCGGGAACCUAUCUCCAGAGUAAUACGUUUUAUGAAUCUCAUAGAUAAAGACAAUGAGUCAUCUCUUGAUGGAUACGUCUUAGAUUUGAGCGGAAAUUUGCCAGAAUUUAGAAAUAAAAGACUUGACCAAGAUGAUGCCAUUGCACUUGCCCGUGAGCUUAGUGAAGAUUUCUUCAUAACUGAUAUAAAUUUAUCAUACAACAAUAUUGCAAAUACUGGAGCAAUUGCAAUUGGAAAAGCUCUGCAAGACAAUAAAUUUCUUGAACACUUGAAUCUCGGCAUGUGUGACAUUGAGGCAAAGGGUACAGAAGCUAUAUGCACUGGGAUUCAGAUGAACGACAACCUUCGCAGUUUGUCCCUGAAGGGAAACAAGAUUGGGAGACAGGGCGGAAUACUGUUAUCAGCUACACUUCAAGUUAAUAGCUCCCUCACUGAACUUGAUAUAUCGGAUACUGACCAAACAGAUGAGAGCCUCAUUGCAUUGACCACAGUAUUGUUAGACAACACAACUGUAAAGAAGCUCAAUGUCGGUAACCCCUUAGUGACCAGUGAGCAAGAGGAAACCACGAUUCAUUUUGCAAAAAUGCUUCAUGUGAAUUACAGUCUCACUGAACUUCAUCUUUGUAAACAUGGAAUGAAAGAUUUCGGAGCUACGCAACUGGCAGAAAGUUUAAAGGACAAUAAAACUCUGAUGUAUUUGAAUUUGGCCUGCAAUAAGAUUUCAGAAGAUGGUGCUCGUGCUUUUUCCAGCCUUUUGAAGUUGAACACCCCGCUUAAACAACUAUCCUUUGCAUCAAACAGAAUAGGAAACAAUGGACUUGCUGCACUUAGUGAGGCCAUCGCAACUAACAAUUGCAAUCUUACAACACUGUGGAUCAACAACAAUGGCAUUACAGAAAUGGGACUUUGUGCACUGGCAGCUGCCUUGAGGUCAAACAUCACUCUCUCCAACAUUUACCUCUGGGGGAAUGAAUUGAAAAACACAGCGUGCAAUGCUUUUGAACAGCUUAUGGAGGGAGGUAAACCAAGGCUUCUUCAACACAACACUGAUGUUGUACCUUAUGUUGUUGAUGGAAUAACAUACCUCGCUGAAACUGGACAUUAUCUGUUUUCUCACGAAUUAAUGGACGAUAUUGUCGACAACAGCAAAGAAUCACCUGAGUGCAAUCGAUUAAGAAGAAUCUACUACCAGGCAUGUGCUGACUAUCAGUGUUAUUUUCAAGACAAACUUAUCGACAUUUUAGAAGGACAUUCAUCUACGGGGACAUGCCUUGAUCUGAAAGGGAAUCUGAAAAUGUUUCAAAAGAAAAAGCUAAAAGAUCGUGACUUUAUUCCCAUAUUUAUCGAACUUCAAACUGACACUUAUGUGACCAGCCUAAAUUUAGCUUACAAUCAUCUAUCUGAGGUUGCUUGCGAAAAUAUUGGCAAAGCUCUGGAAACAAAUGACACCUUAAUUGAGCUGGAUUUAACUAUGUGUGAUAUAUACGUUGAUGGGUGCUUCUCAAUAAGUGAAGGUCUGAACAAAAAUACUUGUUUACAGAAGCUAGUCCUGGCUGGAAAUAAGUUCGGUCCUGUUGGUGCUGCUGUUCUUGCUGAAGCGUUACAGAUCAACAAUUCUCUCUUAUCUCUUGAUAUUGCCAAUACGGAUCAGAAUUCACAGAGUUUGAUCCCCUUAUCCACUGUUUUGAUAUCGAAUACCUCUGUUGAAUACUUAGACGUGAGCAGAACAGUCCCAUACACUGAUGAACUUACACUGACUGAUCACUUUAGCAAAUUACUGUCCAUAACCGCUACACUCGGCGCUCUCAAAUUAUCUAAGUGUGGAAUAUCUGAUUCUGGGGCAAACUCUUUAGCGUUCUCGUUGAGAGAUAACUCCAGCUUGAGACACCUUGAUGUUUCAAGUAAUAAGAUAACUGCAGAUGGUGCCCAAUCAUUCGCAGAUCUUUUAAAAGUGAACUCGACACUCGAGGAACUUUCCUUGUGUUCGAAUACGAUUGGUGACAAUGGACUGAUCGCUAUCAGCGAAGUUCUUGCCUGUAGAAACAUAUCGUUACAAAAGCUGUGGGUUCCCAAUAACAAAAUCACAGAAGUUGGGUUAUCUUCUCUUGCGAUUGCAUUACACUCUAAUAAGACUGUGUCUAACGUGUAUAUCUGGGGCAAUGAGUUUGGGGGAAAAGCUUGUGAUGCGUUCCAUAUUCUCUGCAGCGGAGAAAUGCCAAGACUGGAACCGGAAAAUAUCGACUUCAAGGUUUACACUGUAGAUAAUGUAAAUUAUCUAGCGGAGACUGGACAUCACGGUUUCUCCCAUUGAACAAAUAAAUUAAUAAGUUAUAACUUGCUUGUUGAUUUGUAUUCUGUAACCAUUUCGUAAUAUAGUUAUUAGUUAUUUUAAUUUUGUUAUCGUUAUCGUUUCCAAAUGAUUUUUAUUGGUUUUCCCGAUUGUUUUCUAUAAUAUAAUGCGUAUUAAAUAUAAAUCAAACCGUUUUCUUAUCAGUUUUCACAAUUUUUCUAUAAUGCUUGUAAAAUUGAGUGUAAUAAUUGUCUGAUUUUAUGUAUUUUUAAGAUGAUUGUUUUUGCAUAUUUGUUGAAUUUAAGAAUGUCAUUUUGUGAUUGCGUUAUGAUGUUGUUGUA